AUGGAAGGACGUGUACAAAUACCAUUGUUGAAAGAAGCACCCCCUUUUCUCAAAUAUCUCCUUCAAGACGACUCUGGGCAAAAAGGAGUCAAAUUUAGGAAAAACAUAAGGACUUACAACUCGAUGUUUGCAUUCACAUCAAUGGGAGGCCGAAUUGAUAGGUCAAUCAAUCAAUCAAAAGGCCCUUAUGUUUUUCGGAUCAACGGCCAAAAUUAUCAUCACAUUGGUUCAUUAUUGCCAGAAGAUGGAAGAAGACCACAAUUUGCUCAACUCUAUAUAUAUGAUACUGACAAUGAGAUCGGAAAUAGAAUAAACACAAUGUUGAACCAUGAAAGAAAGACAGAAAUUGAUCAUGAAGUAGUUGUUGAAUUAUCUAAAAUGUUAGACCAAAAUAAUAAUUUGGUCAAAUCAUUUAGAAUGGUGAGGGAUAGAUACAAAGAACAACCAGAAUCUACAUUCCGUUUACGGCUCCUACAAAGCAGGACUACCGAUGGUCGUCAAUACAAUAUGCCAACAGUUUCUGAAGUAGCAGGGUUAAUAGUGGGUGAUUUCACUGAAGCAAACUAUGAACGUGAUGUUAUUGUAGAGCAUCGAACUAAUGGACUUCAAAGAAUAACAGAUUUACACCCAAGCUUCAUGUCUAUGACAUAUCCAUUGAUACACCCUUAUGGUGAAGAUGGAUACAGACUUCACAUACCUUUCAGAGCCGUAACAGAAACAACUUCCAAAAGGAAACAAUUAACAAUGUUGCAAUACUAUUCAUUUAGGUUCCAACAAAGAUUAAAUGAGGGACACACCCUACUUCGAGCCGGUAGACUAUUGCAACAGUACAUAGUUGAUUCUUACAUGGCAAUUGAAGAAGAAAGAUUUCGCUAUGUACGAAAGUACCAAAAUAAACUAAGAACUCACCUUUACUCUGGUUUAAUGGAUGCUAUUCAUCGAGGUGAUUCAGAUUGUACAAAAGUCGGAAAAACAAUUAUCCUGCCUUCAUCACAUACAGGGGGACCACGAUAUAGAGCACAAAAUUAUCAAGAUGCAAUGGCUAUUUGUAAAUGGGCAGGAUAUCCUGAUUUGUUCUUAACUUUCACUUGCAACCCAAAAUGGCCAGAAAUAAAGGAUAUGCUCAAUUUAAUUGGACAGAAAGAUGAUGAGAAUCGGGUUGAUAUCAUAUGCAGAGUCUUUCAGAUAAAGUUAUUCCAACUAAUGCAAGACCUCAAACAAGAACAACCGUUUGGAAAAAUAAUUGCAUGUGUCUACACAAUUGAGUUCCAGAAAAGAGGUUUACCUCAUGCACACAUACUACUUUUCUUGGAUCCAACAAUGAAAAAUCCUUCGGCAGCCCAUAUUGAUAAAAUAAUAAGUGCAGAAAUCCCAGACAUCAAUGUCGAUCCUGAUGGCUAUAAUGCAGUAAAAAAGUUUAUGAUUCAUGGACCAUGUGGAAAGCUCAAUGCAAAUUCUCCAUGCAUGAUGAAAGACAAGUGCACGAAACAUUUCCCCAAAAAAUUCAAUGAUCAAACUACAAUCGACAUAGAUGGAUUUCCAAUCUACAAAAGGAGAAAUACAGGUAUUCAUGUUGAAAAGAAACAUGUCUUAUUAGAUAAUCGUUACGUGGUCCCUUAUCAUAGAAACUUAAUAGUCAAAUUCGAUGCACAUAUUAAUGUCGAGCUUUGCAAUUACUCAAGGUCCAUCAAGUACCUUUUCAAGUAUGUCCAUAAAGGGUCUGACAGAACAACUGCAACGAUGGAAUCUAUCGACACCACAGAAGAGAUAGACGAGAUUAAAACAUAUCUUGACUGCAGAUACAUAUCGGCAAUUGAAGCUUGCUGGAGAAUCUUCCAAUUCGACAUACAUUAUCGAAAGUCAUCAGUUGAAAGAUUACCAUUCCAUUUACCCGGAGAGCAUACAGUAAUAUUCGGAGAAGAUAAGUGCACCGAAGAUGUCUUGGCCACACCUGGAGUAGAUAAAACAAAGUUUACUGAAUGGUUAGAGACAAACAAAAAUAACGAGGAUGCCCGAGAGCUAGCUUAUUCUGAUUUCCCUACAUUUUGGGUUUGGAAUUCGAAAGAUAAAAUAUGGACAAGAAGAAAACAUGGAGUUGCAAUUAGAAGAAUAUACUUUGCACACCCUUCAACAGGAGAACGCUUCUACAUGAGGAUGCUAUUAAAUUUUGUUAAAGGAUGCACUUCUUAUGAAAGUAUUAGAACGGUGAAUGGAGUGACAUAUUCAACUUUCAAGGGUGCAUGUUAUGCUUUGGGAUUAUUGGAUGAUGAUAAAGAAUGGAUUUACUGCUUGACUGAAGCUGCAAUUUGGGCUACUGGAAAUGAAUUAAGGCAUCUUUUUGUAACAAUCCUCAUUCAUUGUCAGGUUUCUGAUGCGGCAAAACUUUGGCAAUCAAACUACACUACAUUGUCAGAAGACAUUGUUACAUUACAAAGAAAAAGAUUUAGAAUUAAGGAUCUUCAACUAAAUGAUCAACAAGUUGAAGCAUACACAUUGUUUGAAAUUGAAAGUAUCAUGCAAAAGAUGGGAAAAAGUUUGAAAGACAUAGAUGGAAUGCCCCUGCCUAAUCCGUCUUUGAUGAGAGAAUCGGCUUAUGAAGCAAUACUACAAUCUGUAGAGAAUGAAGAAGGUCAUUUAUUUUUUAUCAGUGGACAUGGUGGUACAGGCAAAACAUUUCUAUGGAAUACACUUAUUGCAAAACUCAGAUCAGAAUCGAAAAUAGUCUUGCCAGUUGCAACUUCAGGCAUAGCAGCUUUGUUAUUGCCUAAUGGCAGGACCGCUCAUUCGCGGUUUCAUAUUCCCUUGGAGGUUUCAGCUGAGUCAACUUGUGAAAUUCGACAUGGAACCCUACUAUCUGAACUCUUGAUGAAGACUUCAUUGAUCAUUUGGGAUGAAGCACCCAUGGCAAAUAAGUAUUGCUUUGAAGCUUUAGAUAAGACCUUAAGAGAUAUUCUAAGAACAAGGUAUGAGAAUAGCACUACCAAACCUUUUGGAGGACUUACAAUAAUAUGCGGAGGAGAUUUUCGGCAAAUAUUGCCAGUUGUACCAAAGGGUACAAGAGCAGAUAUUGUUGACGCAUCUCUUAAUUCAUCCUACCUAUGGCCAUUUUUUAAAAUAUAUGAGCUGAACCAAAAUAUGAGGCUCUAUAAUGCAAGUGUCGAUGAAUAUGAGGUUGCUAAAAUAGCCUCUUUUGACAAAUGGUUGUUGCAGAUUGGGGAUGGUUCAUUAUAUGAUGACAUUGAUAGAGAACUUAUUAAAAUUCCAUCUGAUAUCUAUAAAAAACCAUCUAAUGAUCCCAUGAAUGCUAUGGUCGAAGCUAUCUACCCUUCACUAUUGCAUAAUUAUAGUGACCCAACCUAUUUGAAAGAAAGAGCAAUACUAACUCCAAAAAAUGAAGUGGUCCAUGAGUUGAAUGAGAUGAUUAUGAAUAUGAUACCAGGAGAAGGAAGGACUUAUUUAAGCUCAGACAGUAUAUGCAAAGCAAGCAUAAACACAAAUGAAGAGGAUCUUUUGUAUCCAACUGAGUUUUUGCAUAGUUUGAAAUUUAAUGGCAUCCCAAAUCAUGACAUAAACCUAAAGGAAGGUGCUCCAGUAAUGCUCCUCAGAAAUUUAAAUCAAACAGAAGGUUUAUGCAAUGGCACAAGACUGAUUGUCACCCGCCUUGGUAAAUGGUCAAUUAGAGGUGAUAUCAUCUCAGGAACAAACAUUGGUCAAAAUGUAACAAUACCAAGAAUAAUCAUGUCCCCGAAUGAAUCCAAGUGGCCAUUCAAGCUUAAUAGAAGACAACUCCCGUUGGCACCAUGCUUUGCCAUGACUAUCAAUAAAAGCCAAGGACAAUCACUCAAACAUGUCGGAUUGUAUCUUCCUAAGCAAGUAUUCACUCAUGGCCAAUUAUAUGUCGCGGUAUCUCGAGUCACUACAAGAGAAGGAUUGAUUAUAAUAAAUGCUGAUAAUGAGGUGGAAGACCCAACAUUCAUCAAGAAUAUCGUGUACAAAGAAGUAUUUCAAAAUACUCUCUCAUCAUCCCGCAAAAGAAAGGAAAAGCAGUAA